CAACAGAACCGUGCACCCCCAACCCACAGUCUGACAGCCCCAGACGUUCCACUCCUUCUACCAAACAACCAUUCGUCACUCAUUUACACAUCCACAUCCACAACCAUCAACAAAACCCCCUAUCCCCCCAAAAGAAACCCCGCAAGAUAAUCCAAAAUGCAACUCUCCGCCCUCCUCCUCGCAACCGUCACCCUCCUCGCCUCCACCGUCUCAGCCCAGACCCGUCCCCACGGCAUCGACAUCGGCAACGAGGCCUGCGUAGGCUCCUGUGUCCGCAACCCCAAGCUGUUGACCUGUCCCAAGACCAAGUACCAACCCGACCAAGGAUGCUAUGUAUGCUGCUGGGCGGACGAUGACGCCGAUGCGUGGGCCGAUCACGUUCACGAUGACUUUGGGGAUUUUUGAUUCAGAUCGAAAGGGGGGGGGGGGUUGAUUCCGCCGAGCCG